GAAGGAGAGAGAGACUGAUGGAGGUGGAGGAGAGAAGGAGAGAGAGACUGAUGGAGGUGGAGGAGUGGAGGUGAACGAUGGUCCCACUGUUGCGGAGAAAGAAGAAACUGUGCAGCCGGAGGUCGCGCAAUCAGACGCUCCAUUGGAGGAGAGCUCUAACGAGAUGGAGACGGAACAAUCUGGAGGGCGUGGGGGCAAAAAUACAGAACGGCCAGAAACGGUCGCCAUAACUACCUCUGAUGGUUCUAGAACUGUCCUCCAUUCCGAAAAGGUAACAAGAGAAGAAGACCCAAACUCCACAGGUCCUAGCAAGGUAGCCAGUUGUGAAGAGCAGAGAAAUAUUACUCCCCUACAGGAAAUAGACCCAAUGGAGUUGGAGGUGCAGCAGAAACACAUGAGGGAGGUCAGCAGUGAAGAAGUUAAACCCUCCAGUAGCUCGUCAGCCAUCAUAAAGUCAACAAACAAAAGUACAGAUGUGAGAGAGGCAUCCCCAGGCAACCAGAUACAAGACCCAGCUGUAACCGUAGCGACGGUUGCCAAGCACAGCAUUCCAGACGGCCUACUCAAAGUGGAAGAUGCCCGUAAUGUUAUUUCUGAUGUCCUGAAGUCAACCGAGGCCAUCAGAACACCAGAAUGUGAUGUAAUGAGCUGCAGCAUUAAAACAAUGUCCAGUGAACCUACAGUGCCAUCUAGUGGACAGGAAGACAGUAUACGUUCUGUCCUGGAGGGGACCCCUGUGCCUGCCAAAGGUCAUGACCCCGAGACACACAUCAUUCCUGACCUGUCUCAUGACCGCGAUCCAUUUGACCCUUUAUUCGUCACUCUGGUGUCUGACUCACAGCUCAAUGACAUCACACUGAUCAUGGAGAUGGAGGACCAACAUGGCCCAGAAUCCUCUAGGGGUCAUGAGGAUGCCACAGAGCUGGUUUGUGGACUCAUCAGCGAGCUGUCCUCACUCAAUCGUACCAUCAUGGCCGCUCACCGGGAGUUGGACAGUCUUCGCCGUGGCAACCGGAACGCCAGGACGCCUCAGCGUCGCCCCUACGCCCCCCGCCGCCCUGACACCCAGCCUCCCACCAUGUCUCUGCCUGGCCAAUGACAUUUCAGCCUCCUGCUGUGAGAGCCAAUCAAAUCCCACCUUGCUGUCAUGAUGAAGACCCCCCCCCCCCCAUUAUAAACCAUAAUCAUAACAUAAACAACAACAAGCUUAAGAACACUAGAGACGACCCACACAGGUCAUUGGAGGUCAUCUGCAUUCAUUCAGUCAUUUAUUCAUUCAUCCAUCCAUCCAUUUUCCUAGUUCCCACUAGGUAGCCCUCUCUUUUCCUCUCCCUCUCUCCCUCUCUCUUUGAGCAUUUGGGUGGCGCCUACUUCAGUCUUCUCCUUCUCCACUUUUUCAUGUUUUAGGCUCUUUACACAUAUAAUCUCUUCCAUUGUUCCUGUUGUGAACCCCUGCCACCAACCCUUACCUGGACUGAUGCACCUUGGGAAGUGGAGUUUACCUCACACCACUGAUUGGCUGCAGGUGUUCUUCAAUUAACACACAGUAGUGGUGAAGUGCGAGGGGUCAUGUUCAUUGCAUGUGCCCUGUGUAAUAUCAAGUCAAUUUCAGUGAUAUUAAGUUAAAGGUUCACAUUAUAGUUGACUAAGGAGCCGUUUGAGUUACAGUUGCCAUAUUGUUUACACCCAUUACAAAAAGAAGAGUCACUAGAUAGACUGAUUCAAUCUAUGUACUACUAUAGACUCAUAAUCAUCCACAGCAGGCGCUUGUCCCCAGCAUGUUCAAUGUUGUUUAUAUGUGUUUAUAUUUUUCAACCCAGUUCUAAGAGGAAUAAACCACACUGUUCAUUUUGGAGUAAUAUUAUUCUUGUUUGUACAAGCUUGAGACAUGCAUAAUUUCUUCAAAGACAAAUGUCAAAAUCCUUAAAGGUCAACAC